AUGAACACUAUCAAGAAAGUUGCUGAAAAAAUCUUGGCUCCAGAGUCUCAAGUGAAGAAGUCCAAGGCUCAACAAAAGACUGCUGAGCAAGUUGCCGCCGAGAGAGCUGCCCGCAAGGCCGCCAACAAGGAAAAAAGAGCCGCUAUCUUGGAGAGAAACGCCGCUUACCAAUCUGAGUACGAGGCUGCUGAGCGUGCCAUUGUUGACGCCAGACGUGAGGCUAGAGCCACUGGUUCUUACUAUGUUGACGCUCAACCAAAGCUUGUCUUCGUUGUCAGAAUCAAGGGUAUUAACAAGAUUGCUCCAAAGCCAAGAAAGAUUCUACAGCUUUUGAGAUUGAACCAAAUCAAUACCGGUGUUUUCGUCAAGGUCACCAAGGCCACUUCUGAAUUGUUGAAGUUGGUCGAGCCUUACGUUGCAUACGGUUACCCAUCUUAUUCUACUGUCAGACAGUUGGUUUACAAGAGAGGUUACGGUAAGAUCAACAAGCAAAGAAUUGCUCUUUCCGAAAACUCCAUUGUCGAGGCCAACUUGGGUAAGUACGGUAUCUUGUCUGUCGAUGACUUGAUCCACGAGAUCGUCACUGUUGGUCCUCACUUCAAGCAAGCCAGCAACUUCUUGUGGCCAUUCAAGUUGUCCAACCCAAAUGGUGGCUGGGGUGUGCCAAGAAAGUUCAAGCACUUCAUCCAAGGUGGUUCUUUCGGUAACCGUGAGGAAUUCAUCAACAAGUUGGUUAAGUCCAUGAACUAG